AUAGUAAAAUAAAAUUGUAUCAAAAAUUGUUACAGGUGCCGAGGGCUCCAGGAAUAGAACAGUGCAUCGGGUUUUCAGAAAUACUGUGAUGCCCACUACAAACCUAACGGCGAACGAUAUAGCAAGUUGUGUGGAAUCGGCAGUGAACGGUCUGAGUCAAAUGGAGCACAACACUGUUGCUCUUCAAGUUGUCACCGAUUUGUACUGCUGCUUGUCGUCUAUUACCAAACUGGCCAUCGAAACCCCUGCCGGGAACCGCGCUCCUCAUGUUGACAUCUGGGUGAGUUGGAUGGAUAGAGUGAGCUGGGAGUCACUGUCACUGUUCAAUCGGUGUUUGUCUGAUAUCCUGCACAAAGUCAGCCUCAACAAAGUUCCUGGCAAACAUUUGGAUUUGACUGUUGGGUUGGCAAUACUUAUAAAUUCUAUCUUUGAAACACUAGUUGUAUUUUCUCUUCCAAUAAUUCCGGUCGAAUUAAUUCAAUUUCAAUAAUAAUAAUAGUUGGCCUCAACAUCUCCCCUUGGAGCUAACCCGUUCCACCACAUGGCACCUUGAAUCUUCCUUCAAAUACUAAGAGAUAUUUUCUAUUCAUAAUAAAUUCCAUAAACCAAUGUUGUAGCCAAUAAGGUAGUGUUCUCGAAACUAUAGACUGCAUAUUAGUCUCUUCCACUGUCCCAAACAAAUUUGCUCUGUGACAAAGUGACUAUACUCUGUCCAGACUGCCAUGAGCGCUGAAAGAUUAAGCAGACCCUUGCUCCCCCACGCGCAGGCACACACGCCAGGCCCACCUGCGCCAUUGAUAUUUUAUGUAUACUACGUAGUAUACAGGUAGACAGACCGUACCUUUCGUCCCUUUACUCACACACACAAAAGGAGACUGCGUUUGUGUGUGUGUGUGAGUAGUAGGAGGGUAGGCCUAAUCAUUCAGAGCUCAUGCCAAUUUGGACAGAGUAUAGUAUAGUCCGGGUCUUGUAGCUUUGUCUAUCGGCGGAGUCCCACUACACUACAAUACUACCCGUUUGAAAGUUUAAAAACAUCGAACAUUUAUGAAAAUGUAUCUUUCCAUAAGCAACAAAUGCACUUUAGUAUCUUCUCAAAAGCAAAGUGCUGCACCCGGAAAGAUACACAUGGAGCUUUAAUGUAUGUAUC